UGUAUAGUUGUCCGAUCUUAUCUUCUAAGACCGUGAUCAGACAUUAUAAUUUAUAAUCGCGUUCAAGAAGUCGAAACAUCGUUCAAUAAGUCGAUCGUCAUCUUGAAUCUUGAUAAUAAAUAAUAUUACAGAAGAUGGAAGAAUGAGCCCUGCUGCAGUCCGAGUAGCUCCAGACAUCACGCGAUCGCGAUCAUUUGCAUAGUAGUAUACAAUUUAUAUUAUCAUAUCUACUGUUCCGUAAGACGUGUCAGGUGCGAUAUUAUUAAUAUUUUACUGUUCGUCGUCGGCGGACGAUCUAUUAAACUUCGCAAACCCCAAAUUCACUUCACACGUCCAGUCUUGUUCACAUGUACCUACCAAUUUUUUUCAUUUAAACUUGAGUGGCACACCUCACCAACUCUUAACCGUAGCGGGUGAGUAAUGUGUUACUCAUCUCUUAUCGAAGUUGUAAGCGAUUUGAACAUCCCGUAACAUGGAAAACAGUUACAAGAGACCAUUAGAAAAUGGAUGUCAAUAUUUGUACACAGAAACAAAGAAACCUAAAGCGUCUCAGGUCACAACAACGACAUCACAUCCUAAAUCCUCAAAGGAAAUUGUUGGUUUCCAAGAUUUAUCCGAUGAUGUUAUCAUGUAUUUAUUUAAAUAUCUAUCACAUGAUAAUCUUGCCAAAAUGGCACUGAUAUGCCCUAACUUGUUAAGAGUUAGUCAUGAUUGGACUCUAUGGAAAAAACCAAAAUUUGAAAAGUUUGAAAAAUCUAUGGAAGAUGUAUACUUGAGCUACUUAAAAGAGGAUACUACUGAAUUGCUUAUAUCGUGUAAUGAUGUUCCAAGCUCUGAUUUUUCAGUUUCUCACAAAUUUCUUAUACAAUUAGAAACAAAAUGCCCAGAAUUGCUCCAUUUAACAUUAACAAAUCAAGUAUUUGAUGCCCGAGAAAUAAGCGUAAAGAUUUUGCAUCGAAAAUUAAAAAUGCUGACGAUUGAUAAUACAACUAUUGAAAAUAUUCCAGACAGCUCUUCAUAUUUAUGUGAUAUAAACAAUGCUUGCCCAGAUCUAGAGCAAAUUAUAAUUACGAACAAUGGUUGGUUUAUGCCAAAUUGUUUGUAUGCAUUGUCCAAGCUGGAGCGUUUACUCUACUUAAGUCUCGCAGGUUGCAAACAGUUUAAGAUUUGUAUUCCAUAUGCAGGUAUUACUGCUAUAAUUGGAUUCAAAUCAUUACAGACACUUGAUUUGCGUUUUACUCCAGUAAGUGAUCAUGAACUAGUUUGCUUUCAAAGAUUAACAACUUUGAAAAAUGUUCUUUUGGAAAGCCCUGAGUAUAUGAACCACGAGAGAGAUGCAACAAUUACCGAUUUAGGUUUGGCAGGAUUCUGUACUACCUUUGAAUUUCUCUAUCCGUACAUACAAAUUUUGAUUGAUAGACGUAAUCAAGUAAACUUAAGAAGAGUUCAUGAAAGAUGCAGAAUUGAAACCUUAUAUGUCCGCAACUAUCCAAAAGUAACCGAUGCAUUUUUGAAGACUGCUGUCAGAACUUGUCCAGAACUGAAAAUGUUAGACAUUACUGGAUCAUGUUGCACUUUAGCAGAAAUUGAAAAUUUUAAAGCAAAUAGACCUGGUACAAAGGUAAUAUGCUAAAAAGACUGAAAAGAGAGAUGUAUAUAUAAUAAUUGAUUACUUAAUAUUAUAAUUUAAAAACAAAUCUUAAAAAAAAAAUGUUUACUCAAGUGCAGUUUUUAGUUACAUAUUAUUUAUAAUAUAAACAAAUAAAUACUAAAUAGAAUAAUAAAAUAUCAACAAUCAUUAUUGUUAAAAAUAAGCUUUGAAAACCAAAUGCAUUAGUUGCAUUCAUAAAAUUAAUAAUACUUACAAUAUAUUAUAGUAAUAUAAAUUUCUAUGAAUAUAACGCAUCCCUAAAAGAAUAGUGGCACAACUAAAAAAUACGUUUUUCGAG